ACAUGAAGGUUGAUACGCUGAAUGAGAAGAAGUCACGCUACGAAGCAGAGCUAGCUGAUGUUCGAGAGAACGUGCGCGAGUUGGACGGUGAGCAUGUACGAACUACGCUCCCUACUGUCGUAGUCUAGACACAAGUGCUUCUAGGUACCGAUCAGGAGCUAGCGGACCGCUUGAAGAACUUCGAUAAUCAUGUCAUGACGCAGAAGCAGAAGCAGCGAACCGAGACGGAUAAGGCUCAAGAUAUCCAAGAGGAGCUUCAGUCUGUCAGGAAAGAGCACGUUAAAGAGAUUGGGCAGCAGGGUGAACUCGUUGCAGAAGAGAAGGCACAAGAACUACUCAUCGCCGAACGCGAGGAGCUCAUACAAGAGAUCAGCGCAAGACAUCAGAUCAAGGGCUAUGAUCAUACGCCGCUCGACAAGCGCGAAGUGGCGACUUUAUUGAGAAGCUCAAGGACUUGCGUAGGCGGCAGAACUUGGAGACCGACAAGUUGCAGGAAGAGAGCCAAACACGCAGCGACGAGUAUAAUCUACAGUUAAGGGGCUUGCAUAAUACCGUCGAAGGCCAUAAGCAACAGAAAGCCGGCUUGAAGGACCGGAUUACGGCCACGCAGUCUAGACUAACUCAAGCCGAACUAGAAGUUGACCGCGCCGG